CCGAGCCUAUCAGAGAGGUGCUUCUUCUUCCGCUGUGGUAGUUUGAAACCGUCCGGCUCGGCGGCCGGGGGCGCCGGUGCCCGCAGACUAACUUUGUGCAGAAUGUCAUCAGAUGAGGAGAAAAGCGCAAGUCCAGUUUUACCAAAAGGCUCUGUUCGGGGCAGUUCUGUUUCUUCAGAUCUUCAGGAUGAAUAUGAAGAGCUGCUUCGUUAUGCUGUAGUGACUCCGAAGUUUGAACAGUGUGUCUCGAAGUGGUCAGAACCUGCUUUGGAACUGAGAGCAGCUGGCAGAUUUUCAAGUGUAACAGAUGAUGCCACUCACCAUAAGACUCCAGCCUUAAUAUCCGUGAAGGUGUCUUCUGAGGCCAAUAUGGAGAGACUUUGCCCUAUUCCUUCAGAAGAGACUUCUUCGCAAGGGUCCACAUGCGGUCCAAGAGAAAUCAAUGAAACUAUAGCAACUGAAUUGACUUUACCUGAUGAAAAAGUAACUCAAAUAGAAAACAUACUUGAUCUCUGGAGUGGAAGUCUUAAGACAAAUGUUCUGACUGAAUUGAGAAAAUGGAAGCUUAGUUUGAUUGAACAUCACAAGCUUCAAAUGAAACAAGAAAAAGAGAAACACACUGCACAUGUAAGACAAUUGAGCAAUGAGAUGGAAAACCUGAAGGAGUUGCUACGUACUUACGAAAUCUCUAUUGGCAGAAAAGAUGAGGUGAUUAGUAACUUGACCCAAGCAUUAGAGAGGCAAAAGGAGAGAAUAGAGUUGAUGAGAAAGUUUUCACUGUGGCGGAUUCAGCAUGUUAAAGCCAAACAAGAGGAAUAUGCAAAUAGAAUAGCAGACAAACAAUUCCGGACAGCUUUGAUGAAGAAAGUAUGGGCAGCAUGGCGUGCUCAUAGUGAAGAAAAAUGGAAAGAAAAAGUAGCAAAAGCCUGUCAGUUAAGGGCAGAAGAUGUCUGUGUUCAGCUCACCAAUGAUUAUGAAGCCAAAAUUGCAGAGCUAACCGCUACUUUGGAACAGACAAAAUCUGAGAUUUUGCGACUGCAGAGCGAAAGAGAACAGUACGAAGACACCAUGAAGAAAGCCUUUAUGCGUGGUGUAUGUGCUUUGAAUCUGGAAGCAAUGACCAUGUUUCAGGGCAAGGACAGUAGGACAGAUACUGAUAUAGGAAGUAGGAGAAAUGAUAAUGGUACCAUUGUUGCAGGAAGGCUACCUCCUUCGCAAUACAAUCCCCCUUCACCACCACCUCCACCAGCACCUACUCUUCAGAUGGAAGACAUGUUUUCUACCCACCUGGGUCAUGCAAGCACUCCUCAGACCAGGCUAGAUUCUGAUUCUCCAGUAAUUGUCACUAGCACAGCUGCAGGAUCUGGUGUGGCAUCAACUCAGAAACUGCCCAUGGCAAAAGUAAUAACAUCUGGUCAACAGAAAGCAGGAAGAACAAUCACUGCUCGAAUCACGGGCCGAGCUGAUAUGGGACAAAAAGCCAGAAUUUGUGGUAGUUUAGCAGUGAUGGGAGUUGCUCCACCCAUGAGUUCAGUCAUUGUUGAAAAACAUCAUCCAGUCACCCAGAGACCAGAGGCCUUUCAGAGACUUCCUCAUAGCAAAUACUGAACUCCAAAAGGAAUGUUGGCAUGAUUAAAUUAGCACUACAAAGGAAAAUUCUGAACAAUUUGGUGAAAAAAACAAACAGACCAACCUUGAAAUAAGAUUGAGGUGAUAAAAGCUCAGGGUACCUAGUUGAUCGGAAGUUUAGUAUUUUAUCUUCUGAGAAGUAUAUUGCAGAUAAGGAAGGAAGGAAAUUACUCAUUCUGUUAAAGUAAGCUUUUUUUUUUGAGAAGUGUAUUUCAGUUUGCUGGUUUGCAAAUCUUUCUGUUUAAACUCAGAAGUAUUUGGGAAAUUUUUUGUACUGUUAAGUCUUUGUAUCUGAUUGCUUUUCAGCAAACCAUAUCCCAAGCAACUGCUGCUAAAUACCCUCGAUCUGUGCUCCAUUCUUCUGGUUCUACCACUGUGAGACCUGCAGGACAAGUUGGGCGAAUGCUUCAGGGGCAAACUCAUACCAGU